AUGACCCGAACAAUCCACAUCGCCGUCCUCGACGUCGACAUCCCCCCUCGAACCCUCUACGAAACACACGGCCUCUGCAGCGCCCAUUUCCGCAAUGCCCUCCAGGACGCAGCCACCCGCCUCAACGCCCUCUCGCCAGGAAGCGACAUCAGCAUCGCAGUGACACCAUACGACAUCCGCGGCGGACACUACCCAGACUUCAGACACCUGCGCAAGACGCAGACACCAUUAUCCGAACACAGCAUCGAUGCGAUCCUGAUUACGGGAGGCGCGCCGGGCGUCUACGAGAUCGACAAGAGGCCCUGGAUGCAGAAACUGGCCAAGUUCCUUCAGACUGUCUUUCGGGAGUAUCCCGCCGUGAGGAUCAUGGGCACAUGCUUCGGUCACCAGUUGAUCGGGCACGCGUUGGUCGACUCCGGGGCGGGGGACGUGUAUGUUGAGAAGUGUCCGCUGGGGAGGGAAGUGGGGAUCCAUACCGUCCAGCUGAACAGGGACUUUGUCGAUGCGUUUCCGCUUGCUCUUGGCGGUUUACCAAAUCGUCAAUUGAAGAUUCAGAUGUUCCACGGCGACCGGGUAAUGGUCAAAGGCGGAAACGAGGGCGUGUUGCCAGAGACAGCGGCGGUAUCGCUGCCCGCGCCGUGGGUGAAUAUCGGGAGCACGCCUAUCUGUCCGAUCCAGGGAAUGUAUUACCCCGGCCGGGUACUUUCUGUGCAAGGACACUACGAGCUCGACGCGUUCGGGAUGCAAAAGAUGUGUCUUGAGUUUGCGCCGUUGCUGGGCUGGACGGACUCGAAGCUGGGGUUGUUUCUGGAGCAGGUGGGAUUUGAUUAUGAUGGGAGACAGGAUGAUUCAGGGGCGUUUGCAUUGGCUGUGGUUUGCUUUUUGGCUGGAGAAUAA